GGGUGUUUCCAUAACACAGCAUCGCGGCUCCCUAAAAAUCCCUAAUCCCUAAUCCCCCAUAUCCCUAAUCCCUUUCUCGAACAUUCCGAGAUUUUCUCCUUUCCGCGGCGAUCCAUUCGCAUCGAGCGCAUUUUCAAGAGGUCGGUGCACUUAGAUGGAGAACAUGCAGUAUGCGGAAGAACUUGUGAGGGAGUUUCUCACAUUCAGAGGUUUUACAAGCACCUUGCGAGCUUUUGAAUCGGAGUUGUCUACAGAUAUAGGCAGAAGCUUUCAAGUGGACAAAAUCUUAGAAUUGAUUUUUUCACAGUAUAUACCAAAAUAUCAGGCUGACAAAUUGAUUUCCCUGCUAAGUUUCUUUAAGCAGUGCUUGUUUUCAUCUUUGGAUUCAGUACUUAUUUCUACAUUAUCCAAAUUGGAGUUGUCGAUAUUACGAUUCUAUAUUGUCCAUGCGUUAAACUCUGGAAGGAAAGACAAAGUGGUGGAGUUCUUUGGCGUGAACGGCAACUAUUUGCUGCAAAAACGUGAAGAUUGGUUGCCAUGGUUUGUUAUCCCAUAUCUCAAGAACCCAAGUUUGGAUCCUCAAUUCCGCGUGUACUUUUCAAAGGAAUGGUUUGAUGCCUUGUUUCUUUCAUUCCGGAAUUUUUUAAGUGAGUUGUUCAAUGACACUCGGAUCCCUGCUCUGUUAAAGAUAAGUACAGAAAAGAUUACUGUCAAACGUCUGAAAAAUGACAUAAAGCAGCUCAAUCAGAAGCUCUCAGAACUCCAAGCACUUCUAGAAACAAGGGAAGCUGAAAUAUUGCGGUUGAGUAGUACGUCUUCUUUUACGCUGGCAACACCCAUUCAUCAAGGAGAAAGCUCUACUGGUCAUCUGUCAAGUGAGAUUGCUUCUAAGGAUAAUACCACAGAUCCUCGAAAGAGGAAUUUGCUUGAAUCUACUAUCGCUAGUUCUUCGCAUCAAGGAGAAGAAAAAUUAGGAGCAAAUGGGGAGUCUUUGGCUUCAAAUAGUGAAUCCCAAUGGUCCAGCUCAUUAAAGUCUGGACCUGCUUCAAGUUCAAUGAAAAGAUUUGGUGGAGAUGCUGAAGCUCAAAAUGCUUAUCAGAUAUCCCAGUCAGAAAGGAAACAAGAUUCGCUGAGAGAAGACGAGUUUCCUGAAGUGAAAGUGGAUUUUCAAGAAACUUUUUUAGGGCAUACUAGUCCAAUAAGUCGGUGCCGAUUUUCUGCAUCAGGAACCAACAUUGCAAGUGCUUCUGUUGAUGGCACUGUUAGGAUUUGGACUUAUGACUCAUCAACACCAUCAUCCAGAAAUGCUACUAUUUAUUGUGGGGCUGAGAUUAUGUCAUUGGAUUGGGAGUGUAGAUCUGACCGUUUGCUACUCAUAGGCACAGCUGAUGGUGGUAUAAAAGCUUGGAAUGCUGAUGCCAAGAGAGUUGUCUGUGAUCUUAGUACGACAAAGGAGUUUCCAAGCGUAUUGGAUUUGAAGUGUAGCCCUGUGGAACCAAUUUUUGUUUCUGCAGCUGCAUCGCGACGGCAUGGAUCGAGUAAACUUGAACAAGUGGGCUUUGCUUCCUUGACAGUUUGGAAUAUGAAAACAUGGAAAGCUAUGACAGUCCUUCCGCUUGGUGAGGAUCCUCCAGCAAUCACCUCACUAUCAUUCAAUCAUAACGGAAAAAUCUUAGCAGCCUCUGCUACUGAUGGAAUGAUUCAUAUGUUUGACAUGUCUGCUGGCCUGCAAAUAACAGGAUGGCCUGCCCAUGAUUCAGCAGUAAGUUCAGUUCUAUUUGGACCUGAUGAGACCAGCAUCUUCAGUUUAGGCUCCGAUGGGAAGAUAUUUGAAUGGAGCUUACAUAACCAAGGUCAGAUCCUUUGGUCAAGAGAUUGCAGUAGGUUCUGCAAUCCUGAGAGCUUGAAGAAAUGUUGGCAUGAAAUAGCAUUAGAUUCUAAUGGCAGGAGAUUGCUGGUGACAUCUGGUUCGGUUAGAUCCCCAAUAUACCAGGUGCAAGGACAUAUGAAUGGUCUACGAACACUUCCCCACUCCGCCGGUAUCACUAGUGUGGAUUGGCACCCGACACUUCCAAUGUUCAUAACUGGGUCGGCGGAUCACUCAGUACGAGUUACAUCCAUUCUCUGAUGAGUGAUUGCAUUUGUAUGAUAGCAAUACAAUCUUGUCUACGAGACAACAUUUUUUUUGUUGUGGUAUCAGUGAUUACUGCAAACAUAGACUAGUCGGAAAUCUCUGAGACGAGCCUUCCAAUCUAACUUUCUUUUUAUGUAGACGAGUUCAUUGUUUAUUUAGUUAUGUAACAAACAUUCUGAUGUAAAAUAUUGGAGCUUACUAUAAAAUGACAGAAGCUUUUGUAGCUGUUAGUUUGUAA